UCCGCGAGAAGGCGGCGGGAGAAGAUGGCGGUGCUGGGGCAGAGUUUGCAAUCUUUCUGACUAGGCUAGUCGAGUAACUAUUCGGGUCAUGGCGUCAAACUCAACUAAGUCUUUUCUGGCAGAUGCUGGAUAUGGCGAACAGGAAUUGGAUGCUAACUCUGCUCUUAUGGAAUUGGACAAAGGUCUAAGAUCUGGCAAACUUGGUGAACAGUGUGAAGCAGUUGUCCGCUUUCCCAGGCUUUUUCAGAAGUAUCCAUUUCCUAUUCUCAUCAAUUCUGCAUUCCUAAAGUUAGCUGAUGUUUUCAGAGUUGGAAACAAUUUUCUGAGGCUAUGUGUUCUUAAAGUUACCCAACAAAGUGAGAAGCAUUUGGAGAAGAUCCUAAAUGUGGAUGAAUUUGUGAAGAGAAUUUUCUCUGUGAUUCAUAGUAAUGAUCCUGUAGCAAGAGCCAUCACACUCCGGAUGUUGGGAAGUCUGGCAUCAAUAAUUCCUGAAAGGAAGAAUGCUCAUCACAGUAUUCGCCAGAGUUUGGAUUCACAUGAUAAUGUGGAAGUUGAAGCUGCUGUUUUUGCUGCUGCAAACUUCUCUGCACAGUCAAAGGAUUUUGCUGUAGGAAUAUGUAACAAAAUCAGUGAAAUGAUUCAAGGUUUAGCUACACCAGUAGACUUGAAACUGAAGUUGAUCCCCAUCUUACAGCAUAUGCACCAUGAUGCAAUCCUGGCUUCCAGUGCUCGUCAGCUUUUACAACAGCUGGUCACGUCCUAUCCUUCCACCAAAAUGGUGAUUGUUUCUUUGCACACUUUUACUCUGCUUGCAGCUUCAUCUUUGGUUGAUACACCUAAGCAGAUUCAACUUCUGUUGCAGUAUUUGAAGAAUGAUCCCAGGAAAGCAGUAAAGAGGCUUGCUAUUCAAGAUCUGAAAUUACUUGCCAAUAAAACACCACAUACUUGGAGUAGGGAGAAUAUCCAGGCACUCUGUGAAUGUGCUCUCCAGACUCCUUAUGACAGCUUAAAGCUGGGGAUGUUGUCUGUCCUUUCCACACUAUCAGGGACUAUUGCCAUCAAACAGUACUUUAGUUUAGCUCCAGGAAAUGUGGGUUCUUCCCCUAGAUCUUCUGAUUUAGUCAAAUUAGCCCAAGAGUGCUGUUACCAUAACAACAGGGGCAUUGCAGCUCAUGGAGUAAGAGUCCUAACAAAUAUAACUGUUUCUUGUCAAGAAAAGGAUCUUGUGGCAUUGGAGCAAGAUGCUGUCUUUGGCCUGGAAUCCCUUCUGGUGCUUUGUAGUCAAGAUGAUAGUCCAGGUGCUCAGGCCACUUUAAAGAUUGCUCUAAAUUGUAUGGUGAAAUUGGCCAAGGGCAGGCCCCAUCUUAGCCAGUCAGUGGUUGAGACCUUGCUAACUCAGUUGCACAGUGCUCAGGAUGCUUCCCGGAUCCUGAUGUGCCAUUGCCUGGCAGCUAUUGCCAUGCAGCUGCCAGUGUUGGGUGAUGGAAUGCUUGGUGACCUCAUGGAGCUCUACAAGGUGAUCGGACGAUCAGCCACAGACAAGCAACAGGAACUUCUGGUGAGUUUGGCUACUGUGAUUUUUGUAGCCAGCCAGAAAGCAUUAUCUGCUGAAGUAAAGGCAAUAAUUAAGCAGCAGCUUGAAAGCGUCUCCAAUGGAUGGACUGUGUACCGAAUUGCCAGACAGGCUUCCCGAAUGGGUAAUCAUGACAUGGCCAGAGAGCUUUAUCAGAGUUUGCUGACUCAGGUUGCCUCAGAACACUUCUACUUCUGGCUGAAUAGUUUGAAGGAGUUCUCACAUGCAGAACAGUGUCUUACUGGGUUGCAAGAGGAGAAUUACAGUUCAGCACUUUCUUGCAUUGCUGAGUCUUUAAAAUUCUACCACAAAGGGAUUGCCUCCUUAACAGCUGCCAGUACACCACUGAAUCCUUUAAGUUUUCAGUGUGAAUUUGUAAAACUCAGGAUUGACCUUCUACAAGCCUUCUCUCAACUCAUCUGCACUUGUAAUAGCCUAAAAACAAGCCCCCCACCUGCGAUUGCCACAACAAUUGCCAUGACCUUAGGAAAUGACCUUCAGAGAUGUGGUCGAAUCUCCAAUCAGAUGAAACAGUCCAUGGAAGAGUUCCGAAGCCUUGCCUCCAGAUAUGCAGAUCUUUAUCAGGCAUCUUUUGAUGCUGACUCUGCAACUUUGAGGAAUGUAGAACUACAGCAGCAGAGCUGUUUACUGAUAUCUCAUGCCAUAGAGGCCCUGAUUUUGGAUCCAGAAUCAGCAAGUUUCCAGGAAUAUGGAUCUAGUGGAACAGCCAAUGCUGAUAGUGAAUAUGAAAGAAGAAUGAUGUCUGUGUAUAAUCAUGUCUUGGAGGAGGUGGAAUCGCUCAAUAGGAAAUACACCCCUGUUUCUUAUAUGCAUACAGCAUGCCUCUGCAAUGCCAUCAUCGCUUUGCUGAAAGUUCCCCUUUCAUUUCAGAGAUAUUUUUUCCAGAAACUGCAGUCUACCAGCAUCAAGCUUGCUCUGUCGCCAUCCCCCCGGAACCCUGCAGAACCUAUUGCUGUCCAGAGUAAUCAACAGCUGGCACUAAAGGUAGAAGGAGUGGUUCAGCAUGGAUCUAAACCAGGACUCUUCCGCAAAAUUCAGUCUGUCUGUCUGAAUGUUUCUUCCACACUACAAAGUAAAUCUGGUCAAGACUACAAGAUACCCAUUGAUAAUAUGACCAAUGAGAUGGAACAGAGGGUUGAGCCUCAUAAUGAUUACUUCAGUACUCAGUUUUUGUUGAACUUUGCUAUCCUGGGAACACACAACAUUACAGUGGAAUCCUCAGUGAAAGAUGCUAAUGGUAUCGUAUGGAAGACUGGCCCCAGAACUACCAUAUUUGUCAAAUCUCUAGAAGACCCUUAUUCUCAGCAAAUUCGCCUACAACAGCAACAAGCCCAGCAGCCGUUACAACAGCAGCAACAGCGAAAUGCCUACACACGGUUUUAACCAUGCAAGUGCACUACAGCCUUCAAGGGAUUGAUCAAAUUGACAGAAGUAGUUUGCUUUUUCUUAUGUAUUAAGUAUGAAACUUAAAUGUGAAAUCCAUUUAUUCGUUGAUUUCUCUAAUGUAACGUUCUGGAGGGAAACAUCUCUUCCUGUAAAAAUUUAGUUUGAGAAAUGAUUGGGUUCCUGGCCAGAAAGUUGUUGUUGUUGUUUUCCCUUUUCUUUUUUAAACCAAGUCCUUUAUCUAACAUAUUUAACAUUUUUAUUGUUUUACUAUUUUUUCUGUUACUGAGCUGCUGCUUCUUUCCGGAAUAGUCACAUAUUUUGCUUGCUUCGGUGGCACAUAUACUAAAAUUGGAACAAUACAGAGAAGAUUAGCAUGGCCCCUGCACAAGGAUGAUAUGCAAAUUCAUGAAACAUUCCAUGUUUAAAAAAAAAAAAAGUCACAUAUUCGAUCAUAGAGUUAGUAAAUUUGACUGCUUCUCUACUGUAAUACAUCAUUUGCUGCCUGAUAUGGACCUGGAACUUGAGCUAAGCAUAGGAAGCUCUAACCAUUCGGUGCAGGGUUUAUCCACGAAGUGGGAACUGAGUCCUUCUAUAAAUGAACUGAAAAGUGGUUCCACAAUAUCCUGCCUUCUGGACUCUGAGAACCUGCAAUCUAGCAGAACUGAAACAUGCUGCUGCAUUAUUUCAGCCACUUACCUAUCUCUUUUUGUGCUAAAGCAGUUUUAAUUUAUUGUUUUGAUAUAUUAGUUGAGCAGCUAGCAAUUACAUAGAAACAUUGGAGAUUAAUAAUUUGUUAUUUUUUCUAAUACAGCCUGUGAAUGUGUUUAAUAUAGACUUUUUACAUUGUUUCUAUAAGUGAAAACAUCACUCAUUUAAUAUCUUAAUGUUUUAAGUUAAUAGGGGCAGAUCUCCUUUGAUUGGUUUGGUUUCUCUGUGAUGAGUCAUGUAAUAUUAUACUGGAUUGUCUAGAAAAAAACUGUCUCUUUAUAAUACAACUUCAAUUAGUUGGGAUGCUCAGGGAAUAGAGUUUUCUGGUUAGCCAGAAAAGCCCUUUUUUUCUAUUUCAACAGUGGUUGAAAACAACAAAAUAGUAUACUUUUUUUUUGUCUUAACCCAGAUUACAAUGUGUAAUUGAACUGUUUCUUGAUUUGAGAUCAUUUAGUGCUUUGGGAUCAUGAUUUCUGAACAUCAGGGAUGAUCAUAGGAUUGCAGGUAUUGCUAGCUAAUUGGUCUGGAUGCAGCUCCUAAGAUGAAGCAGGACACGUUUCCUGGAAUUGUCCUUUUUGAAUAAAUUUUUCAAUUUC